AUGACAGGGAUCGGGGUAAUAAUGGCAGGGAUCGAAAUUAUCACCGAGAACUAUCGUAGACAGUUGAGCCAGUCGCAAAGCAAGAAAAUAUUGUCCAAGAAGAAGAUUGCAGAUCCACACGGGAUGAUCACUGAUUUGGAAGAGAAGCAAUAUAUAACGCUGUUCCAGACCAGAAGAGUCAACCCAAAACAGCACAGCGUAGUCGAUCAGACGGCAGAUGCCGCAAAUGACCUCAUUUUUCUCCACAGUUUCAACUGCAAUCUUGAUUGUUGA